AUGAAGACGCAGAACAUCAGGACCCUGUGUUUGAUCCUCUCCAUAGUUGUGUACCUGCUCAUCGGGGCCGCCGUCUUUGACGCGCUGGAGUCGGACAGUGAGAGCUCCAAGAAAGAAGCGUUGGAGCAGAAGCUGACCGAGCUGAAGAAAAAGUACGGAUUCACUGACGAUGACUACAGAGAGAUCGAGAGAGUGGUCCUCCUGUCUGAGCCGCACCGCGCAGGGAGGCAGUGGAAGUUCGCCGGAUCCUUUUACUUUGCUAUUACUGUUAUCACCACCAUCGGUUAUGGCCACGCUGCUCCCCGCACUGAUGCUGGAAAGACCUUCUGUAUGCUCUACGCUGUCUUGGGAAUUCCUCUGACGCUGGUCAUGUUCCAGAGCUUGGGCGAGAGAAUCAACACCUUAGUCCGCUACCUCCUGCGCAGAGCCAAGCAGGGCCUGGGCUUACCGGAGACAGAGGUGUCCAUGGGAAACAUGGUCCUGGUGGGUCUCUUGUCAUGCAUGAGCACCCUGUGUAUCGGAGCUGCAGCCUUCUCCCAUUUUGAGGACUGGACGUUCUUCAAUGCCUACUACUACUGUUUCAUCACGCUCACCACCAUUGGAUUUGGGGAUUUUGUUGCCUUGCAGAAGAAAGAUGCUCUCCAGAAACGAUCGCCCUAUGUGGCAUUUAGCUUCAUGUACAUUUUAGUGGGGCUGACAGUCAUUGGAGCUUUUCUGAAUCUGGUAGUCCUGAGGUUUCUCACUGUUAGCGCUGAAGAGCCUGGUGUGAAACCUGAGGCAGGUGGCCAGGAGGAACAGACGCAGCGUAAAGACACACAGGUUGAUAAAGAGGUGUCUGUGGCUGAAGGGGAAACUGCUGAUCUCUAUGAACCCAGCAGACUCAGGACCUUUUUCUCCUGUUGCAUGUGCUGUGACACUGACAUUUACAGCAGCCCAGCUCAGUCUCAUUGUGACCAGGAUGGCGGCCACAGUAACCCCGUCUUUUACAACUCCAUCUCCUACAGGGUGGACCGAGCCUCCUGCAGCUCCUGUACUGGGUCGUCACAGGGGUCCCCCAGCAGUGUAGCUCUGUGUCUGGGCAGCAACAACCAUCAAAAGAGGAGGAAAUCACUGUAA